AUGCAGCGCUCGACCGGCACUACUAAGCCAAUUGAUGGUGUUGGUGCUGAGACAGGUCUUGACACCAUGGCGGAGGAUGUGGACCAGUUGAAGUUCGAUGUUGGUGAGCUGAAAGACCUCCUGACCAACAGCAAAGGGGAGGUGAACCACAUCCGUCGCAUUGUUUUGGCCUGUGAGCGGGACAUGGAAGAUUUCACCGCUGCAAUGGAUGCCGUGAACGUCGACUUGGAUGAGAUGCGCGCACGUGUGGAUGCCACACACUCCAUCAUCACCAGCCGCCAGCGAGUGGAAGCCACAAUGACAGCAGAGAUUUCCACCAUGCGUUUGGACAUCGGAGAUAUCCAAGAAGCUCUCAAGAAUCAUGAUUCAUGGAUGGAGGAUGUCUCGAACACUUUGCAGCAGAUGCAAGAGAAGGAGGACAACACCACGGAAGACUUGAUCAACCUCAAGAACGAAUUCAAUACAAAGUUGGAUGGCAAAGUGGACAAUGUUGCGUGGAAGGAGGCCAACGACGACUUGGACGCUGCCGUCAAGACGGUUCGGGACAUGGUCUCCUCGUUGCGCCUGGAUGUGGAUGCACGCCGUCGCAAGGUUGAUGAGAUCCUCUCCACGAUGCGCCAUGACGUCACCUCGGUUGAGACGAACUUGGAGGAGUCCAAGAGCAAACUGGCAACGGAUACGGAUCAUGCCAUCAACGCGUUGAAUGGCCGCAUUGACUUCACCAACAAGGAUUUGUCAGCCACACAGGAAAGCCUCCACACCACGCAAAAUUCUUUGAGCGACUGCUUCAAUGAGGUGGCAGUGGUGCGAAGUGACUUGGAGCGCUCCAUUGCAGACACGGAGGCACGAGCCAAGAACGAUACCCGCCAGAAGCAGCAAGAAACCCUUGAGAAGAUUGGAGAUGUGGAAGCUUGGGGGGAGCUAAGGGCCGCAGAAGCCUCUAGGCGCCUAGGGGCAUUGGACCUCCGCAUGAGCGGCGUACAAGGAGGUUUGGGCGAGCAGAAACGUGACAUUCUGAAGCUUCGUGAAGAGGUGAAUGGCUUGACCGUGAAGAGCGCCAGCCACGAAGUUGACAUUUCGAAGUGUGGGGAUUCCUUCAAGAAGAUGGAGAAGCAGCGCAAUUUGGAUGCACAGAACAUCAAGGCUCAGUUGGAUGCCAUCCAUGACGUGCUCGAUACCAAGGUCAACGAGAAACCAUUUGAGGAUGUGAAGCAUUGUGUGUCGUCAUUGACCAAAGGUGUGGUGAAGUUCGCCCAGGUGGUCGGGGUCUUCCCAGGUCCCCGCUUUGAUGAUGCUGAGGGGGCCGAGAGUGGGGAAGCCGAUGUGGAGCUCUUGGGCUGGGAGGAGACGAAUCGAGAUCUGGGAGGGAAGAUGGAGACCGGACAAAUCGCGGACCACAGCGUGCUACGGUUGCUGCAAAUCUCACAGCAGCACAUCGAGUCACAGCUGGUGCCCAGACAAGAACAAAGACAUGCCGCACAAAAAUUGAUACCGUACUUUUUUGCACUUUGCGUAGGCGCUGGAUGUGCGGCCUUCGGCCGUGCAGACUCUGUGCCAAAUCCGAUUUGCAUCAGUUCCGUGCAGAUGCACUGCUUUCUGUGGUUGGACGUCAGCUCGCAAGCUGUGGACGUUCUGUGGCAGAUUGAUGUGGUUGUCUUGGAGGGUCGACACUUCCAAGACUUUGCCGCAGGAGAUUCAGGAGUUGUGAAUCAGGUUGACUGCAAUGCCAAGACCUGUCAGGUCCACUUCAAACAUCGACCAGGCGAACGCCUUUGCGUAGCCUGGCGCCACCUGUGCAAAUGUGAGGCGAAAGAACCACGCCCUGAGGCGAGAGAGGAGCUUCGGAGCGUUGACCGGCCAAAACACAAAGUUGCAGAGGAUGUUGACGAUGCUUUGGGGACUUCAGCGCUGGAAGUCUGGGAGUCGAAGCUCGCACACAUUGACCAUGACAGCCUUGAUGUUUGGAGGCUGUGCAGGUCGGGGGCAGAUAUUGAUGCGCAAGGCGACUUGACUGAGGCGCUAGAAGCCUCUGCAAUUGCCAAAGUCUCCAGCUCAUUAGCUGCUGUCAGAGAGGCCAAAGCAGCCAGUUUGAGGGUCAAAGAGUUUGAUGAGAAGAUCAACAACUACAGCCGGGAGCAUUGGUUAAGCCUAGACUGCCUCCAGGAGAAAGUCAACAGCAUGGCGAUGGGCCAGAAAGAGUUGAGCGCAGAGUUCAAAGGCAGCUUGCAGAAGGAGCUGGCCUCCGUGAAUUUGCAAGUUCAGAGCCUGUAUGAACAAUGUGAGGCCAUCAAAGAUAUGGUCACACAACUGCGGAAGGAGCUGGGCCAAAAGGCAUCUCAUGAACAGCUCGAGGACCUGGAGCAUCAGCAAUGCAAAGCGAUGGAGUCUUUGCUACGUCGCUGGGACCACUGUGCUGAAAGUCGCUGCAAAGCCGUCGAGUCGCAAGUGGUGAAACUUGUUGAUGAGGUCCAUGAACCAGAAAGACGUCAGCAGGCGCAGGUGGGGGCAUCGUGUUUCCAGGAACUGGUGCGGAAAGUGGACCGACUCCAGGCGCAUUUGGCUGAGUUGAGCAGGGCUUCGAACACGGACCACUCCAAGCGCCUGGAGGAGCUCAGUGCAGAGCAAGCCAGGAUGAGGCAGCACUUACAAAAAAAGGCAGAGCAGCCCGGUUUGGAGGACCGAAUCAACUCGGAUCGACAACACCUCAGUGGUCUUGCUGCAAAAGUUGAUGCUUUGCAGAGUCAAGUGGAGGCUUUGUGCAGUGGCCUGCAGGCUGCCGAGGCAAAAGCCAGCAAGGAGCAGGCUAUCUUGGAUGGCCUGCGGCUCCGUGCUGAUGCCGCUGCCGAGGGCUUGGCAUCUGAAGUUCGGCUCCGAGAGGAGGGCCUCCUCCGUUUAGAAGCUCAACUCCAGAAUUUGUCCCGGGAUACGGAGGCAGCGAUGGAGGCACUGAGAGGUGGUGUCGAGAAGCAGCUCAAUGCAAUGCUGACCACCGCUCAAAGCACCGCAGAACGCAAGCAAAGAGAUUGGCAGCAAGAGUGCCAGAGGAGACAGGAUGCUGAAAGUGCAUUGAAAGAGCACCAGUUGGAGAUGGCUGAAAUGCGCUCAAAGCUGCUCCGGAAGGAGCAAGCGCUUUUGGAAGCCACCGGCUUUAGCUCAAAUUCGCGCGAGGAUGCACAUACUGCGCCCAGUGGUUUGCGCCUGACGCACCGAAGCAACGGCUUUGAGUCCUUAGGGCGAGGACUGAGCCGCAAAGACUUGGUGAAUCAUUAGCAACAGCGUUUGCUUUUUGUUACUUGUGAAGUGCACGCUGUGCACUGUGUUUGAGACAUGUUUUACCUGACCCCCACCGCAGGGUGGGCUCAUGCUGCCAAAAGCUGGCUCGGUCCGUCGCGCGUUCGCGCGCGCUUGCUGUUUGUCGAGGGCGAUCG